CAUAUAUACACAUUACACUGGUAACUUUCCUUUAUUUCGUUGUUACUAUAUUAUAAGUCGAUACUACUAAAGACAAUGGCUUUAACAUCAAAACCAGACUCCACUGUGAACUCUAUUGCUGCUGGUUUGUUUCUAAAACGUUACAGCUCGUAACACAGUUUUAUAGAACUAGUUAGACCACAUCUGGAGUGUUUCAUACAGUUCUGGUCGCUCCCAUUCUCGGAAGGAUGUCGGGGCUUUGGACAGGGCGCAGAAGAGGUUUACCAGGACACUGCCUGGAUUAGAGGGCAUGAGCUAUAACGAGAGGCUGGACAAACUUGUGUUGUUUUCUCCAGAGCGGCGCAGGCUGGGGUGAGAGUGGAUGGACGUUUAUAAGAUUACAAGAGGAAUAGAUAGAGUGGACAGACGAUAUAUUUUUCCUGGGGGUUGAAAUGUCUAAUACAUUUAAGGUGAGAGGUGAUGUGAGCGGCAAGUUUGCUUCUUUCCACAGACGAAUGAGUAGCUGGAUGGGGGCCUGGGUGGGGGCGGUGUCACCAAUCCUGACACGUGAUUCCGUUUGCCCCUCCCAUUUAACCGCAGAUGGGCAACAUCUGCGCGUCUGUUUCCGAGGCCCCGCCUCCCGAUGAUGUAACCAUCUGUUCGCGCAUGUUCACAGUCUCCGGGUGGACGGUGUUAUCCUCUCCGCUCAGAGCUGAAGUAGGUCGGUGAUGUGUUCGGGAAAGACUUUCGUCUCUUCCGUCGGGAUCACUGUCUGCGGGCCGAAGAUAUCACUUUCCCAUCGGUGAGUACUGAGACCGAUCCCGAGCGGGGAGAUCCGAUGUUGGCCGUGAGCCCCGAACUGAGGGCCAGGAACUCAUUUGUUUCCCAACUAACCGGGCUCGUCAGAAAUGUGUCGACUCCACUUAAUCUGCAUUGAACGAUCCAAACCAGGAGCCCAGGCUGUCUGUUUCCGCAGAAUUGAAAUGGAAGUCCGGCCGACAGGUCACGUGAGGCUGUGUGCCGCAGAUUCGCCCCGCCCUCCGCUUUGUGAUGCCAGAUCACGUGGUGUGAUUUUGGCCACUGAGCUCCAUUAACUUCCCCGAACUCGUCUCGCUUCCUGAGGCUCCUCGCGUUUGUCCUGGAGCUUUAUGGCUGUUGUGUCUUCUCCCGGACUGGGGUGGGUGAGAAAGGAGAACGUCCCAGGUUCUGGGGAUCUUUGAUUUCACUGCCUGCUUUACUGAGGGACUGGGAAGUCUCGGGGAGAGAAUGGUUUCUGUGAUGUGCUGAUCUGUAUCCAAAGGUCGCUGCCGUUUCUCACAGUCACGGGCAGAGCAGUUACCAUGCAGAGCGUGAGGUGUCCGGAUGGGAAUCUUUCUAUGUUAGACCUGCGGUGCGAGGUUUAUUGGAAGAAAUACCGCAACUGGAAGCAAACCACGACUGAAGACGAGGGAACAGCAACAAAUGAACCCAGCCCGAGGACUGAGAGCAUCAACUGGAGAGAACCCAUCUGACUCAGUGAUUCAGUCAGGAGAAAGUUUGGACUGAUUUGUACUUCCUGAAAUGGACCUGAUUUAACCUGGAAAUGGAAAUGACUCGUCCUGUGAUAGGACAUCAGUAAAGAAAGCACAGCUUUUCCCUGUCAAUUAUCUGGUACCAUUUUGUCUGUUAUUGCUGGAAAUGUGUUCAGUACAGUUGUUGCUAAUGAGGUUUACAUGAACAAUCUCAGGAAUGAUCAGCUUUAUGUAUGAGGAGCAUUUGAUGGGUCUGGGCCUGUGCGCAAUGGAGUUCAGAGGGACGGUGGUGGUAGUGGAAGGAUGUAUGGUUAAGUAAACGUACCAAAUGCUGAAAAGCCUGUAUACACUGGAAAGGGAGGGGAGGUUUCCAUUAGACAGAGUCUGUGAUCUGACAGCACAGUCUCAGAAUAAAGAUACUUCUCUUUAAAACUGAGAUAAGAAAAAAAUUUUGGCUAAAAGAUGUCUGAUCUGUGGAAUUUUUUGCCGUAGAGGUUGGUUGAGGAUGCCAUUUGGGUAUAUUUAUGACAAAGAUUAAUAUAUUCAUGAUUGCUAAGUAGCUUCAGUGUUACUGGAGGAAGACAGGAAUAUGUUGGAAUAAAAAUCAGCCCUGGUUGAAUGGUGGGCAGACCAGAUGGAUUGAAUCACCUAAUUCUGUUCCUGUGUCAUAUAUCUUACCAUGAUUGAAUGAUGGCUCCUUCUUAUCCCAUAUCAUUCUGUAACAUGUGAGGGAAAAUAAAAGAUGGUUCACAGAGAUCAUUAAAUCUGCCUUCAGUGUUUAACUGUCAGUGAGUGCUGUUCAGAGUAACAUUAAGCAGAAAUGUUUGGUUCUCCUUUUUAUUGUUAAUGUGCUUCAUUAUCUCUGUGGUUAAAGUUAGACCUGUGGUGAGAGAUUUAUUGGAAGAAAAACCGCAACUGGAAGCAAACCACGACUGAGGACGUGGGAACAGCAACAAGUGAACCAGCCCGAGGACUGAGAGCAUCAACUGGAGAGAACCCAUUUGACUCGAAGAUUCCAGUGAUUCAGUCAGGAGAAAGUUUGGUUAAAACUGAGAAGGAAUUCGUCUCCAGGAAGCUCAAACACGGCACACCAGUUUUGUUGUCUCUGUCUAGAUAUUUAACAAGUGGAGCAAGGGAUCCAAUUGACCAUCCUUCCUGCUCAGACUGUGGGGAGGGAUUCACUCGGUCAUUUGACCAACUGUCACACCUGUAACUUACACAGGAGAAAGGCCUUUCACCUGCUCAGACAGUGGGAAUGGAUUCACUCGGUUAUCACAAUUGAAGUUAGAUCAGCAGGUUCACACACUGGGCAAGGCCAUUCACCUGUUCUGUGUGUGAGAAGGGGUUCAGUCGGUCUUCUCACCUGUGAACACACCAAUCAGUUCACACCACACUGGGCAGAGGCUGGUCAUCUGCUGAAUUUCUGGGAAAGGAUUCACUCGGUCAUCUGACCUAAUGGCUCACCAGCGGGUUCACACUGGGGAGAAGCCAUUCACCUGCUCAGUCUGUGGGAAAGGAUUCACUCAGUCAUCUACCCUACUGGUACAUCAGCGAGUUCACUCUGGGGAGAAGCCUUUCACCUGCUCAGUCUGUGGAAAGGGAUUCACUCAGUCAUCCAACCUACAGAGACAUCAGCGAGUUCAUACUGGGGAGAGGCCGUUCACCUGCUCACUCUGUGGGAAGGGAUUCACUCAGUCAUUUGACCUAAUGGCUCACCAGUGGGUUCACACUGAGGAGAAGCCAUUCCCCUGCUCAGUCUGUGGGAAAGGAUUCACUCUGUCAUCCAACCUACAAAGACAUCAGCGAGCUCACACUGGGCAGAAGCUGUUCACCUGCUCAGUGUGUGGAAAGGGAUUCACUCAGUCAUCCAACCUACAGAGACAUCAGCGAGUUCACACUGGGGAGAGGCCAUUCACCUGCUCAGUCUGUGGGAAGACCUUCACUCAUUUAUCCAACCUAUGGAAUCAUCAGCGAGUUCACACUGGGGAGAGGCCGUUCACCUGCUCAGUCUGUGGGCAGACAUUCACUAAUUUAUUCAGCCUACAGAGACAUCAGCGAGUUCACACUGGAGAGAGGCCAUUCACCUGCUCAGUCUGUGGGAAAGGAUUCACUCGGUCAUCCACCCUACAGAGUCAUCAGCGAGUUCACACUGGGGAGAGGCCUUUCACCUGCUCAGUGUGUUGGAGAGGAUUCAAUAUGUCAUCUGACUUACGGAGUCACCAGCGAGUUCACACUGGGGAGAGGCCGUUCACCUGCUCAGUCUGUGGGAAAGGAUUCACUCUGUCAUCCAACCUACUGGUACAUCAGCAAAUUCACACUGGGGAGAAGCCGUUCACCUGCUCAGUCUGUGGGAAAGGAUUCACUCAGUCAUCUACCCUACUGGUACAUCAGCAAAUUCACACUGGGGAGAAGCCGUUCACCUGCUCAGUCUGUGGGAAAGAAUUCACUCAGUCAUCUACCCUACUGGUACAUCAGCGAGUUCACACUGGGGAGAAGCCAUUCACCUGCUCAGUCUGUGGGAAAGGAUUCACUCUGUCAUCUACCCUACUGGUACAUCAGCGAGUUCACACUGGGGAGAAGCCGUUCACCUGCUCAGUCUGUGGGAAGGGAUUCACUCGAUCAUUCACCCUAAAGAGUCAUCAGCGAAUUCACACUGCGGAGAAGCAGUUCACCUGCUCAGUCUGUGGGAAAGGAUUCACUCAGUCAUCUACCCUACUGGUACAUCAGCAAAUUCACACUGGGGAGAAGCCAUUCACCUGCUCAGUCUGUGGGAAAGGAUUCACUCAGUCAUCUACCCUACUGGUACAUCAGCGAGUUCACACUGGGGAGAAGCCGUUCACCUGCUCAGUCUGUGGGAAAGGAUUCACUCUGUCAUCUACCCUACUGGUACAUCAGCGAGUUCACACUGGGGAGAUGCCGUUCACCUGCUCAGUCUGUGGGAAGGGAUUCACUCGAUCAUUCACCCUAAAGAGUCAUCAGCGAAUUCACACUGCGGAGUAGCAGUUCACCUGCUCAGUCUGUGGGAAGGGAUUCACUCUGUCAUCUACCCUACUGGCACACCAGCGAGUUCACACUAGAGAGAGGCCGUUCACCUGCUAAAAAUGUGGGAAAGGAUUCACUCAGUCAUCCCACCUACUGGCACACCUGUCAGCUCAGAAUGGGGAGUGAUCAUUGUUAUG